AUGAAAGUGCACUGUUCGACUCUUCUAGUCCUGUCACUCUCAGCGAUCAGCGCACAGGCCUUAUACAGGGUAAAACUGAAGAAAAUGCCCUCCAUUAGAGAAACCCUCAAGGAAAUGGGUGUCACUCCAGCUCAAGUGCUGUCUGAAAUUAUGCAGAAAUUUGAUGAACCCUCACCCACCAAUGGCACAGCACAAACACCUCUAAUAAACUACUUGGAUACUCAAUACUUUGGGGAGAUCAGUAUUGGUUCACCAGCUCAGAUGUUCAACGUCAUGUUUGACACUGGUUCUGCAAACCUCUGGGUUCCCUCACAUAGCUGUUCUCCUCUAUACACAGCCUGUUUUACACACAACAGGUAUGAUGCUUCAAAAUCCAUCACUCAUAUUUUCAAUGGCACGGGAUUCUCCAUCCAAUAUGCUUCUGGAUGCGUCCGGGGAUUUCUGAGCGAGGAUGUGGUUAUUGUGGGUGGUAUUCCAGUGGUGUAGGUCUUUGCAGAGGUGACAGCCUUCAUCUUUGCCAAGUUUGAUGGAGUGUUAGGCAUGGGAUAUCCAGAUGCAGCUAUUGAUGGAAUUACACCUGUUUUUGAUUGCAUCAUGUCACAACAUGUCCUAAAAGAGGAUGUUUUCUCUGUGUUCUAUACAAGGGACCCAACACACAUACCUGGUGGAGAGCUUGUGCUGGGGGGAACAGACCCGAACUACCACACUGGAUCUUUCCACUAUAUCAGCACCAAAGAGGAAGGCAAGUGGGAGGUCAACAUGAAAGGAGUUUCAGUGGGGGCAGAUACGCUGUUUUGCAUGGAUGGCUGUACGGCUGUAAUUGAUACAGGCUCCUCCUAUAUCACAGGCCCUGCCUCCUCUGUUUCUAUUCUGAUGAAAACAAUUGGUGCCAUUGAACUGGCAGAGGGAGGGUAUACAGUGAACUGUGAUCUGGUGAAGUCUUUGCCCAGUGUGGCCUUUCAUCUUGGUGGUCAGGAAUAUCCUCUCACAGAAGAGGACUAUAUUCACUGGCAGUCAGAGUUUGAGGAGGACAUCUGUACUGUGACGUUCAAAGUGACGUUGGAUGUGCCUCCCCCAACUGGUCCUGUCUGGACUGGGGCAAAUUUCAUAGCUCAAUAUUAUACUGCGUUUGAUCGGAGAAACAAUCGUAUUGGCUUUGCUCCAGCAGUCUGA